GCACAAAAGAGCAGAGACGGCGGUACGGGAUGACAGCCACACUCUUAUUGAUCAGCAAAAGAAAUUAAUUGCAAAAGAAACCAAUCAAACUCUUCGACACAGAUUUACAAGCUGACACUGCAGCAGUCGCCCAAUCACGGAGUCUGUUUUGGUAUAGGAGUGGGCGGAACCGCGCACAGCCAAUGCGAACGAGCCGCGGUGGUUAUAGGAAGUGACGCUCGUUCGGGCUCGGGAGCGCGUUCGGGACUGGGCCCGGUGCGGCCCCCGCCCCACCAUGGAGGCCUGGGUGCGCUUUAGCGCCCAGAGCCAGGCCCGGGAGCGUCUCCUCAGGGCCGCGCAGUACGCCUGUGCCUUGGCUGGGGCCGCGCUGAGCCGCGCCGGGAACGGCUCCGAGGGCAGCUCCGGGACCCUGAGCCGCCUCCAGCACCUGGAGGCUCAUCUGAGCCUGGGCCGCAAGCUGCUGCGCUUGGGGGGCUCGGCCGAGGCCCUGGGAGUGGCCCAGCGCUCGCUGCAUCUACCCGACCCUGUCCUGCGCUUCUGCCUCACCCUGUCCCACCUGAACCGUGCCCUCUUCCUGGCCUGUGAUAACGUCUUGUGGGCCGGGAAAACCGGGAUUCUGCCUGGCCUUGCCACGGACAAGUGGAGCCAGAGGUCCUUCAGGUAUUACCUGUUUGCUCUGGUGGUGAACCUGAGCCGGGAUGCCUAUGAGAUCCGGGUGCUGCUGGAGCACGCAGAGGCAGCCAGGAAGCGUGGGAAGAGCCCGGAAAACAGGCCCCAGCUCCAGGCUGAUGGUAGGAUCCAGCGUCUCUGGCUCCACCUGCAGCUCCAGCUGCAGCUCCUGCUCCAGGUGCUCCGGGACAACCCCCCACUACUGCUGGACCUGCUGCGGAAUGCCUGUGACCUGGUGAUCCCGCUGGAAAAGCUGGGGCUGUGCCGGAGCAGCCCAGGCAUCGUGGGAUUCUGUGGCCUCACCUCCUCCGUGCUCUCCAUCCUCACCAUCCUCCAUCCCUGGCUCAAACUGAAGCCGUAGUUAUCCCAGGGGCUUCCUUGGGAUGUUUGGGAAUCCUGGGGGCUUAUCCCAGGGGCUGUGACACCUGGAGCUGACUGGCUCAUUCCAUUCCCAUCAUUCCUGAGACCUUGGAGCCACAAGGUUCCAGCAUUGGAUGCAGCAUUGGAUCCCACAGGGACAUCAGCUCCCAAAAUGUGUUUCUCCCCAUUGACUUUUCCAGCAAUUUUGGAGGUUCAACAUUCCCCCUUUCUGUCUGGGAAGCGCCUUUGACAUGGAGCCAACUAAUGGGGAACUUUUGGGGCUGGAAAAUGAGGAUUGCUGGGGGCUUCUCAUGGUUUUUGGUGGGGUGAAGCCAUGGGUUUGGGAUGAAUCUGGUGCCAGAUAGCGUAUCCAACCCCAAAUUGUUUGGGCAGUUUUCCUGCCUUAUAAGAAAUCUGAGUGCAGGGAGAGGGGACUGGGAAGAAUGGGUGUCAGGGAUAAAUCCAUGGCUUUUGGGGGGAAAUUCAGGCAGGAAUUUGCUCUCCUGAACCUUCCAUGAAAGCCCAGGGGAAGGAAGUGACUGAAGUGAGUUGCGUCAAGCCGGGGGGGAUCGCUCCCAGCAUUCCCAUAGGGAUUUCCCUCCACUGGAGAAUACGGAGGGGACUUGGCAUGCUGAGUGCUUCCCAGCAGAUCCACCUCCCUUCUUCUGCCCAGAGCUGCACAGAUCCACCCUGGCUGCACUUCCCUUCCCAGCAAUCCUGUUCAGCGGUGUUUUUUGGGAAAAAUCAGAAUGUGGCUGGCUCUCUGUUGGGAUUCCCUGCACCUGGUAUUCGUGGUGCUGCUCCCUCACUGAAUUCCCUUUUUCCCUGGAUUCUGAACCCUGGAUUGCGUGUGGCCCCAACCCAGCUCUGAUGCCUGUUACUAAGCCCUGGACCGAGGGACACACCGGGAGCUGGGAAUUACUUAAUUCCAGAGACAGAUUGUCCUUGGACCUGUUCCUGGGAGAGCAGGAAUGUCCUCUUGAAGGUUUUUUGGGAGCUCUGUACCGAAAUGCCACCCACUCCUGGGCCCAUCUGGACCGUGCCAAAGGCUUUUUCCUGGAAAAACCAGGCAUUGAAGGCUUUGGAGCAGUGUAUAUCCUAGUGGGAAUUGGGAUGGGGGGGAAGCACUCCAGGGGAUCCCACAGCGUCAGUGUAAUUAAUUAAUUAAUUAAAUUAUUAAAGUGCAGCAGCCUCCA